AUGGCCUCCCCAAUUCCCUCGGCGGGCUUGCCCACGACUUUGGCCAGCAACUUGACUGAUUUCGCCGGCAAUGUCGUCAGCGUGAUCAGUCCGUACAUCCCUGAUGCCAUCAAGUCCAACCUCAACUCGCUUGCGUCGUCCAAGUUGACACAGGAAAUGACAAAGAGCUGGAACUGGGCGGCGUACUCUACUCUUCUCAUCGCAAGCAUCUACGUCUUCGACUGGGGAGCGAAGUCGCGUCGCGACAAGAGGCUUCGCGAUUUCGGCUCCCCGCCUCCUUUGGUUCCCUUCAAGGCGCCUUUUGGGAUCGACUUGGCUGUGUACUCCUUGUACAGAUUCUUCAAGUUCACCUUCUUCGAGCUUGUCAACAGCUGGCUUGAGGCCGUACCUGGCCGUACUGUCGAGAUGCGUAUGUUCGGCACAGGCCUUAUCUUCACUGAUGAGCCCGCCAAUAUCAAGGCGAUCAUGUCAACAGAGUGGUCCAGCUUCGGAAGAGGCGAAGUCACCAAACGUAUCUGGGGAGAUAUGCUCGGAGAGACACAGAUCUUCGUUGUGGACGGAGAAGACUGGCACAACAGCAAAGAGCGCAUCAAGGGGCAUGUUAUGAAGAUGCGCUCGGAUGAUCUUGAGAUCACCGAGAAGCAUGCUCAGCAACUCUUCAAACGUUUCGACGUCGGCAAGCCCAUUGAAGUCUACGAUGUUGCCGACCGUUACCAACUCGACGUAGUCUCUGAGGUGUUCUUUGGAGAGUCUGCUAACUCCCUUACUGGACACCAUCCUUUCAGAGAUCCCAUGGAGACUCUCCACCCCAUCAACACGGCGCGCAUGCUGUUCGGCAAGAAUGCUUACUACGUCAAGGACAAGUACCUGGCUCCUAAGGCUUUGAAGGAAUUGAAUGGCUACACCUCGGGCAUUGUCGAUCGCGCCUAUGCGAGAGACUUGUCGAAGAAGUUGCCUGAAGAUUACAACAUGUUAGACGAUCUUGUGAGCCAGAAGAAGAGUGUUAAGGAUAUCAAAGACUCCAUGAUGACCAUCAUGCUUGGUGGAAAGGACCCCUCAGCAAUUCUUAUCGCCUGGGCUAUCUUCCUGAUGGGCAAAUACCCAAACGUCAUGAAGAAAAUGCAGGCCGAGGUUACGCAAGUAUCUGGCGAUAAGCCACCUUCUGCAUCUGAUCUCAAAGAGAUGACUUACAUCCGACAUGUCAUCAACGAGACCUUCAGAUUGUAUCACCCUCUUGGCAUGAAUGUUCGGAUGGCCCUGAAGGACGCCACGUUGCCGAUCGGUGGUGGAAAGAGUGGAAAAGACCCUGUCGCAGUUCCCAAAGACACAACCAUCAUCUAUUCUCUUGGUGGCCUUCAACGCCGCAAAGACAUUUACGGCGAGGAUGCGCUCGAGUUCCGACCUGAGCGAUGGGAGGGUGCCAACAUCAACCGCUGGCACUUUAUUCCGUACAACCAUGGCCCUCGUCACUGCUUAGGUCAGAAGUUUGGACAGCAACAGAUGGAGUACAUUCUGGCGAGAAUUUGCCAGGAGUAUCAAGAAAUCCGGAUUCCACCUGGCCAGCCGGAGCAGCAGAUCCGCAUUGAGUUGAACUUGAAGAUGGCACAUCCUUGCAUGUGUGAGUUUGUCAAGAAGAACAAAGGCAACUAG